UCCAUCUCAUCACCUCACACUCAUCCAACGCCCAUACCUAUCGAACGAUUCUGCACAAUGUCUUCCCUUGAUUCGACGACCUCUUCUUGCCCUAGCGAUGUCAAGCUCGAGCUUUCUUCGUGUGACAGGUAUCUAGAAAAUAUCAUCGCCGGCAUCCCCGAAUCCGAACGCUGCUCCUGCGGCAAGAAAUCCAAGAAAGAAGCCAUUCUCUCCGACCGCGACCGCCGCCUGUCCGAGCAAUCCACCGCCUCCGCCUCCACGUUGGAAGAGCAAGAGGUCGAGGGGGAGGUGAUGAUCCAUAAACGCCAGCCAUGAAGGUUAUGCAGGCUGUACAAGCUGGUCAGGGGACAGAAGGGAACAGGAAGAAGAGUGUAUGUACGUUGUAUGUAUUAUAUGUUGGACA